AUGAACCACACGUUAUCUUCUCACGGUGCACCCACUCUCAUAGAAACGUUAAUCAGCAGCGAUUUGGAUGAGCAUGUCUUGAAAUCACUGGAAACAGCCUUAAGGUACUAUAGUUUUCUCUGAUAUGAAGGUGUGUUGCCAUGCCCUGUUUGCCGUCUACUAACAUGUGUCGAUAAAUAUCUUGGAAAAUUGACUAAUUUUACGGGCGUGUGCCAUUGUCUUUCAAAAAAGUGUUUAAUAUGUUGUUUUUUUUCAGCUUUUGCCACACCAAAAUGUCGGAUUUCAAAUAGGUAAUUAGGCAUUUGACGCCACUAAGUAUAUUGAUCUAUCACCCCAAUGAGGUGAAUACAGCGUAUAAGCGCCCAAAACAAUCUCAUUCAAAAUUUUAACUUAAACAUUUUUCACAAAGAAAAAGCUGUACUUCCCCUCCAAAAAAAAGUACACUCCCUGCCUGUCUCAAAUCGCCCUUUGUGGUUGUUCAGUCUUUUCUAUGUUAAAACACGAAAAAAAGGGCGCGAAGCUUUCCCCUAUAUCUCUUAUUUUAUUUUUUUAGUUAAAAUGCGGAGAUAAUAGAAAAUUGUGUAUGAAACCAUAGUACACCAGGGCAUUUUAAGUACAGUCACGUAUUGCUCCUACACCCUGCCAGACUGUGAGUCUGUGGAUGGAAUUCUAAGGGUAAGCCUCGGAGAUGAAAACUAUCGGUCAGAACUUUCCAGGGGUGCUGUUUGUGUUCCAAUAUUUUGCAGAACGAGCGUUGAUAUAUUUUUUUCACUUAUUACCGUGAUCGUCAUAAGUCUCAUUAAAGGAACUGCGAGGCUUAGUUUAAGAUAGGAGCACCCGUGUACAGAACACUGAUGCCUCAAGUCUGAGAUUUGCAGCACGUGGCUUACAUUGUGAUCGAUGUCAUUAUAACGCUGUUACCUAAGAAAUGAACAGAUUUGGCGAGGCUUAUUAAUUGCUAGGUAUUGUUGGUUAAAUUCCGAGCACAUCCACAUAACAAUGUUUAUUAGAUAGAGAAAGCUUUCGGUCAGAUGUCCAAAACGUGUGCACACAAUAUGACCAAAACUCCACCCUUACCGGUUUUGUGUUCUAAGAUAAAGAGAAGAUGCUAAGCUUGUAAGCGCUUGAAAAUAUCAAUUAUUCACCAUUUGGGAUUCUAGACAUGCAUCUUUUGUUAAGACAAAACAAAAGGCUCUUUUUCACAAAACAUGUUGCGAUAGACAUGGGGAAAUUUCAGCUCGAGGUAAUCGUACAAUUUCUGCGCUCACCCUGCACUCUGGUGCAGUUCACCCUUCACGAACGCUAUAUUGGACCGGUUAGAUCACUGGAGAUAAGGGUUCCAUCACGGAAAUGCCGCUUGAAAACAAAAAUAAGGUGAUUAAUAUAUCGCACUAUCGCCGUUUUUUCAAGUGACAAAGGUUGCCAGAGGCUUUUCUAAGCAUUCUAGUUUCGGUUAAUUUUGUACUUUAAAUAGGUGAUUAUAGCACGAUGCUGAAUAGGAGAAGUGUCGUGGCUUUUGAAAGACGUGUUAAAACAUACAAAAAUCUGUUGGAAAAUUAAUUUUAACACAGGUUUUCUAAACCAAAAUAAAAUGGGUGUAGUAUUUUCGAACUUUAAACAAAGUAAACUCUUCAAUUUACUCAUCUNCUGUUACCUAAGAAAUGAACAGAUUUGGCGAGGCUUAUUAAUUGCUAGGUAUUGUUGGUUAAAUUCCGAGCACAUCCACAUAACAAUGUUUAUUAGAUAGAGAAAGCUUUCGGUCAGAUGUCCAAAACGUGUGCACACAAUAUGACCAAAACUCCACCCUUACCGGUUUUGUGUUCUAAGAUAAAGAGAAGAUGCUAAGCUUGUAAGCGCUUGAAAAUAUCAAUUAUUCACCAUUUGGGAUUCUAGACAUGCAUCUUUUGUUAAGACAAAACAAAAGGCUCUUUUUCACAAAACAUGUUGCGAUAGACAUGGGGAAAUUUCAGCUCGAGGUAAUCGUACAAUUUCUGCGCUCACCCUGCACUCUGGUGCAGUUCACCCUUCACGAACGCUAUAUUGGACCGGUUAGAUCACUGGAGAUAAGGGUUCCAUCACGGAAAUGCCGCUUGAAAACAAAAAUAAGGUGAUUAAUAUAUCGCACUAUCGCCGUUUUUUCAAGUGACAAAGGUUGCCAGAGGCUUUUCUAAGCAUUCUAGUUUCGGUUAAUUUUGUACUUUAAAUAGGUGAUUAUAGCACGAUGCUGAAUAGGAGAAGUGUCGUGGCUUUUGAAAGACGUGUUAAAACAUACAAAAAUCUGUUGGAAAAUUAAUUUUAACACAGGUUUUCUAAACCAAAAUAAAAUGGGUGUAGUAUUUUCGAACUUUAAACAAAGUAAACUCUUCAAUUUACUCAUCUCUCCUUAUAAACUUAAAUAUUCAGCGAAAUGCAAAUUAGAUUUUUGGCCGACUGUUGACAACAACAUGUGGAAAUCUUGUGCUGCAAUAGUAGGAAAUAGUUUGAAUUUCAUGCUAAAAAAUAUAAAUUCCAUUUGUUCCGCACUGAAGUUGGAAUUUACCCCUAUGAUUUCUUAGCAAUGAAAGAAAAAGAAGUUUUCUUGCGCAUGCGUACUGAUGUUAAGGAUGCAGCGUUUGGUCGAUCUUUUAACAAAAUGCUGUUAAGGUUUUUUUUAGGCCGAGUUAUGUUGAAUUUUCUGCAUCCCAAGUGCCGUUUUUCGUGUGAUUUAAAACCUCCGCGGCUAUUAUCGAAAGUCUAACCUUAAGUAGUUUGCGCAAUUUCCUUUGUUUUGUCUGAAAGAAUUUUUUUCUAUUACAAAAAUCCUUUUUAUACAAAGUAAUGAAAGUGAAAGCGGCGAAGUUGCUGAAUAUUUUGUUUUGAAACAAAACUCUCCGGGUCGACCUUGGCUACCUCUAUAGUCAAUAGAAAUUAUUGGCGAUAUUGAAGCUUCAAAAAUCUUGUCAACUUAAUUGCUUUGUUAUGACAGUUCCUGAGAAACCUCUCCGACUUCACAACAAACUCACAUCGGCGGCGCGUUUAUGCAAAAGUUUCACUAAUUUGUUUUAGCGUAUUGUUACGUCCCUUUGUAUAAAAAGCGCUUCCAUCGUUAAAAACAACACGUGAACUAGAAAUCUUGCUCAUUUAGAAAAACCACACAGGCGAGACGGAGUCGUCUGAGACUAGAAGCAAGGUAUAGUUUAUUUUGUAACGUUUAAUACUCUGGACUUAUAUUUCAUAGUUUAUAUCUAAACAUCAUAAACAUGCUUAAGUACAAAUUUUGUUAACUUAUAACUUGACCUAGAAAAAAAACACAAGUGUUGCUACCUAUAGUUUGUGUCCUUCUGAUAGUCGCAUAUAUUCAGUUAGUUUUAGUAUGUUUAAAUUCAGAAAAUUGUCCCACGAUACCUUAAAUUUAGGAAAUUGAGUAAAAGCUAAAAAACUGUAUCCCCCGGCUUUUAAGAUUUUUCAGAACUUUAUUGUAAGAUUUUCUUUCCGUUCGAGCUGUUGUGCUAAGUGGAUAUGUAAUUUGUUUUCUUUUAGGACUUAAGAGAUGGAUGAAAUUUUUCCUAACGGUUUUUACAGCGAAGCCCUUUUUAAUGAAGAAUUUGUCGAAGAGAGCUUUCGUCUUGAAAAUGGCUCCUGUUUAGGCUCCCUUGCAGAGCUUCCAUUAAACUCACUUGUUAAAUUCAAAGAUAACGAUCUUCCUGCUUCCACUGACCCAGUACAAUAUCAUCAAAUGAUCACUUACUCGUCUUGCACGAGGACAACCGAAAGUCGCCCAUUAACUGGUUUUCUUCAAAGUGGCAAAACAGAAGGGUCUUUGAACGGAGUAAGUGAUAUUUGUUUGGCGGGAAACACCGCUAACGGCACGUGGAACGCAAACGUCACGCACACGGAAGGACGACCGGGACACGCUCGCGGACAACCUCUGAAAAAGAUACGGCGUCUCCGCGCCAACGACCGCGAACGACGUAGAAUGCGUUCCUUAAACCGAGCCCUAGAAAGCCUCAAGAAAUGUUUGCCUGUACCACAGAGUAAAAGAAGAGUGACAAAGCUUGAGAUUCUCCGAAUUGCUUGUAACUAUAUACGAUCCCUUUCUGACACUCUUAGCGAAGACAGUCAAAGCAGCGAGGGCCAAUCCCGAGGGAAAAAGUCGCGAUCCCGAGGGAUUGUUAGUGAUCCCGUUGUGAACGGUUUCUCUGUCGCCCAGCGAUUAGAGAUUUUGUCUGGAAGUAACUCAAAUCGUAUUUAA